CGGGACACGCACCCCGGGCGCUCCCGCAGAGCCCUCGGCAGGUGCCGCUCGGGCCCCACCGCUCUGCCCCGCGGCCCGGCCCCGCCGGCAGCUCGGCCGUGCGGCGAGCCGGUCCCGGCGGCGCUCGGGGGGCAGGGCGGGCCGGCAGAGCCGGCCGCAGUCCCCGCCUCUCCCGCGGGUUGCCCGGCGAAGGCCGGGCCGGGAGGAGCCGCUCACCGGCGCCGCGGCCCGCCGGAGCCAUGAGCUCCCACCGCAGCGAGAGCGACUGGCAGGGGCUGCUGAGCGAGUAUCUGGUGUGCAAAAGGAAGCUUGAAAGUAAAAAGGAGGCAUUGCUCAUCCUUUCCAAAGAGCUGGACACAUGUCAACAAGAAAGAGACCAGUACAAACUUAUGGCCAACCAGCUGCGGGAACGACACCAGUCUCUGAAAAAGAAGUAUCGGGAGCUGAUUGAUGGGGAUCCAUCACUUCCACCUGAAAAGAGGAAACAGGCAAAUCUUGCUCAACUACUGAGUGAGGCUCAAGAUCGAAAUAAACAUCUUGGAGAAGAGAUUGGAGAGCUUCAACAGAGACUGGGAGAAGUACAAGGAGACAAUAAGCUCCUUCGAAUGACCAUAGCAAAGCAAAGACUGGGAGAUGAUGAAGUUGGGGCUCGCCACUUUGCAGCACAUGAGCGGGAGGACCUCGUUCAACAGUUGGAGAAGGCUCGAGAACAGAUAGAGACUCUGAGAUAUGAUCUUCAGGCUGCACUGGAUGAGUUACAGGAUGUGAAAGAGGAACGCUCUGUUUACCAAGAUAAGUCUGACAGACUAAACCAAGAGUUGAAUCAUGUCUUAGGAGGGCAUGAAAACCGUAUCAUUGACAUAGAUGCUCUGUGUAUGGAGAACAGGUAUCUUCAAGAGAGAUUAAAACAACUUCAAGAGGAAGUCAACCUUCUGAAGUCUAGUAUUACUAAAUAUAAGAAUGCACUAGAGAGACGAAAAAAUUCAAAGACUCAUAGUAGAUCCAGUAGCAGUGCUCUGACUGGAGUCCUUUCUGCAAAGCAAGUCCAAGAGUUGUUGUCGGAGGAUCAUGGAUGUAGCCUACCAGCCACACCACAAUCCAUUUCAGAUCUCAAAUCACUGGCCACUGCAUUACUGGAAACCAUCCAUGAAAAAAACAUGGUCAUACAACACCAAAGACAAACCAACAAAAUUCUAGGUAAUCGCGUGGCAGAACUAGAAAAGAAAUUAAGAACUUUGGAAAUUGCUGGCUUGUGGAGUCUUCCAGGCCUGAGCUACAAUGUCUCAGUGGGAUUUGGGAGUGGGAAGGAUACGAUAACAUUCAGUGACCCAGCCCUGCCCGUGAUACAGCGGUCCAGGUCACCCUUGUUAGCGUUUCCUGAUAAGCCUCAGAGAACUGAAGUGCAAGGUGAGGCUGAUAUUGCAUUUGUGAUUAAAGACUAUCAGACAGAACAGAAGGGAGAACGUGAUGAAACUUACGCUGUUGCAAGUGAAUCUCUGGCUCCAGAGGGAACAAACUUAAAUAACAGAAUCCAAAAUAAACAUUUUUACCCUUCAUUACCCCAGCUACCUUCUGAGGAAGAAGAUAUAAACAAGCUUGGAAGUCAGAUAAUUAAACUGACAGUUGCAGAACUGGAAGCGAAAAGAGGAGGCGCUCCUGUGGGGGAGCAGAACGUGGGAGUUGAAGCAGAGCUUAAUGAUUCAUCAGAGGCAGAGUGCACACUUUCCAGCCCUGAUCCAUCUGACCCCACAGAUCCCUCAAACGCUGAGAAUGAACAAAGGGGUGAAACUGAGGCCCUGAAAGACAAUGACAAAACCUUAGAGAGAGAUAGUGAAAUUCCAAAUGAAAGAGAGGAUCAAAAUAGCAGCACCAUGGAUGUGGUGCAUACUGAAGGUGCUGGAAGGCAUGGAGGGCUCAGUGUUAAAACUGCAGACACAAAUACCAGCUUUGAGGAGCUCUCUGAAUCUGAAAACAAGAAACCAUCUGAUGCUGCUGAAAACCGUGAAUAUUUGGAUAACAGUUUGGCUUGAGCUCAUCUCAUGAAAAUGAAGCAAGUUAUUUCACCAGAUACUGAGAGCCCCAUUUAAUGAAGCUCCGAAGGAAACAUCGGUGAAGCCAGAAGUCUUACUGUAUGAAACAGCACUGCUGUUCUAAAGCAGAGAAAACAGCAAGAGGAGAACCAGUGAUGUCCUGUCCAGCUUAUCUGGCUGUCAGUUUCUGGAGCUGCAUUCCUCUGCUUAGAGGAGCUGGAAUGGGCCCUUGGGCUUAGUUAAUGGGUGACAGGUUUCAGCCUACUCCAUCUGUGCUCUCCUCUCUAAAGGAAUUCUGUGUCUUUUUUAUUUUCUUAUUACUUGGAAUUAAGGAUAACUCUUCCUUUCCUCCUCAUUUCACCAGUCUAUGGUAUAAUAGAAGGGUUAUUUGCAUUGUUGCCACUUUCUAAAACUUCUCUUGAAGAGGUUUAGUCAUAGAAAAACAUUCCUGUAAUAACUAGGGGGAAAGGGAGCUGCUGUGUCAUUCCCUGGCUUGGUCCUGAUGCUGGAUCUGUGCCACUCUGCUUCUAGGAAGGCAGCAACGAGGGAAUACUUGAGGUUGAAGUUAGCAGCUGUUGGGGAAGGGGAGGCAGGUCUUUCCUCUCCUGUUUGUAGCAUAAGGAAUAGUCUCUGCAGCUGUGGAACUUCUGAGGGCCAGCAGCCAUCAAGGCAAUUUUUCUGCUGGCUUGGGACCUAAUUGUCUGUAAAUGUUCAUUUCUCACUCCUAGAACUUGAAGCCAAUCAGAGAGAAUUAAAGCAAAUUUAAUAAAAUACUACUAAUAAAAAGGAAAAUCCCUCCCAGACUGAGUACUUCUUUGACAAAUAACUGCCAGCUGCAAGUUUUUACAGCCCACUUGUCAGCUGCUGAAUAAAGAGAGUUUAUAUUAGCAGUACUGACAAACUCUUCUGUAUGUGUAAGAUGAGGUAGCAGGUGCUGCCAUAAUCAAGGUGUCAGAGCCCAUGAAUGGUUUGUAUUCAGCAGAAGAAAGGCUGUAUGUAAAUUAUUACAUAUAAAUAUAAGGAGUGAUAGUCGGAAGGUGAAAAAUGUGGCUUGUCUCUAUUCUCAUGUGUUUUCCCUAGCAGGUGCAUUUGUGUAACCCUUUCAGUGUCUGUCUUCAGGAUACAAAGCCAUACUUACAGUGCUCCUCAAAUAUGUGUACUUUGUCUUUAAGGGUAAUUGGACAUUGCAGCAUUCCACUGAUGAUAAGCAGCAGUCCUUAGGAACAAAAGUUAUAUAAAUAGUUAAGCGCAUUAGGGACAUGAAGCAGUAAAAAGUUUUUAUUUUGUUAUCUUGCUCACCAUUAAAAUUCCUCAUUACCUGAAAAAAACCCAAGAGUUGUGUUUGAAAGAGUGUUAAGGUGUUCCCAGUAAUUGUAACUGACUGCAUUACUGACUCAUUUUCGUGACAGUCAGAAGAAAAUAGCUGUAGAAUCUAAAAUCUCCAGGAGAAUGUGCAGGAUUUUUUUCCUCUAAGGGCUGAAUGUCACAUGAAGUAGCAUUUUGUUUGAGAUGUAUUUUUUCCAUCCUUCACAGACUGAUCCUUCACAGAGCUAAAUAUCAGUGCAGUCAGAACUGAGGCAAGCAAGUAAGAAGGUCCAGAUUUCACGUGUUGAGCUCAGAAACAUUGAGGGCCCUUCACUAUUUCCCUGCCCUGUGUCUCUCCUGAUCCACAGAUGAGUGAAUGAGUAUUUUGCUCACAGUCCCUUAACAGCCAGUUAAUGCUAUUAGUGAACGAAGAGCUUGGUGUAAGGUUGAAGCAGUGCUGGGACAACAGCUUUUUAGUGCCUGAUGUGCUGAUUCUUUUCAGAAUGUCUUUUCUGUGAGAGCAUACUGAUGUACAAUCCAACAAUUAGGGAAUCUUGGUAAUGUCCUCACACCAUUCUCCCUCUUAGAUGUAAUUUUUAAAUCUUUGCAAUCAUUAAAUUCCUGUAAGAUACACAGAUCUCUGAAAACCUCAUUUCCAGUGUGAUGCCACUGCUGCAAUACUGGCUCUCUCCUUUCUCUUGUAGCAAAUGUGUAUUCUAGCUAUAUUUUCAGCUCUCUCCCAGGAACACAAGACUUCAAAGCAAGGAGACUUGUAAAAGUAAGACAUUGUUGCUGCACUAGGUUAUAAUAAUUAAAUUUUCUUGUCAGUAUCUUCCUUGGAUAUUGCUUUAAUUGAUAUUGUGCUAAUAUAACAAUGAUUUUUUUUUCCCCCCAGUAAAUUUAACUAGCGUUUUUUUGUGGACUCAACUCCACCUUAGAUUUGGAGGGGUUGGUUUUGUUUUUUAGGACCUGUGUUCCCUUUUUCUGCUACCUUAGAUGUGCAGAAAUCACAACCAGACCUUUUUGGUGUUGGGCUUUGGGGAAGCAAACUGGGAAGGGAAUUUUGUGGCAGCAGGAGGAGCUGCAUUUCACAAACUGAUUUUAAGGAGGUUGUUGUACCUAAAGGUGAAGUCAUGCAUUAUUUGUGAGAAGGAUUUCAUUUGAUAGUAUGAUAAUGGGGUUAUUGGAAAAAUAAUGUUAAUUGAAUUUGUAAAAUAAGUGUGUGAAAAUGACAGAUUAAGAAGCAUCUUUUAGAAUGCUGCUUCCUUUCUAAGUGAGACUAUUUUUAAGCAUAUGGGAAUUUGUAUAAUAAAGACAGUGGAAUUUCUUUAAUCCCUAUGAGCUCAGGAAUGUAUUUCAAAAUCUUAACUGAGAUUAAGUUGAAAAUCUGCUGCAUUUCUAAAAGAUAGCAUUUUGUUUACCAGCUUCUGUUUUGUAGUUUGCUUUCUAAAUUAUGCAGUUUAAUUUAUUUGCAAACUAGUCUUUUAUUGCUGCCUGGAUUAACAGCACAAUGUGGUUAAACUAUAUUAAUAAAUUUUGUCAUCUUUAAUAAAAAUAUUUACUGAUA